CUUUUCUCCCUCAGCCUUGCUUUUCCGCGGCCUUCCAGUCACCCACACGCUGCCCAGUGGCCACAGCUUCUGCGGAGCUCUCAGCCAUGGCCUCAGAGGAAGCUCUCUACAUCGCCACAGAAAACUCGGAGAUGCCUGUGGAGGUACGCCAGAUCUGUGCGGAGACCGUCCCUGUGGCGACCACGGCGAUGGGAACCGUUGAGUACGAGGAUACCAGCGGCAACUGGAUCCACGGCGGCCACCACCAUCCACCUCUGAUCGCACUGCAGCCGCUCAUUAUCAACAACCCGAACCAAGGUGACGAGGAAAUGGUUAUGGUGCAGACGCAGGAGGAAGUGGUGGGCUGCUACGAAUCAGACAGCAACCUCGAGAAUCAGAUGACCGACCCAAUUGAUGAGAACGACUACUUCCAGCAGACCCUGGCUUCCUUGGCAGCCUCCGCGUCAUCAUCGGCCUACGGCUGCGGCAAGAAGCGCAGCAGCCGCGGCAAGAAGCGCAGCAGCCGCGGCAAGAAGCCCAGCGAUAAGAAGAGUUACACCAGCAGCGAGGCCAAGGCCGGAAGCAGCAGCGGCUCCAAGACUGUCAGGAAGAAGUGGGAGCAGAAGCAGGUGCAGAUCAAAACCCUGGAGGGUGAGUUCUCCGUCACCAUGUGGUCCACAAGCGAUGAAAGAGACAAUGAGCCAGAAGGACAGAACUCACCUCCUGAUUACUCAGCGUACAUGACGGGGAAGAAACUUCCUCCUGGAGGAAUACCUGGCGUUGACCUCUCAGAUCCCAAACAACUGGCAGAAUUUACUAAAAUGAAGCCAAAAAAAACCAAAGAAGAUGCUGCAAAAACAAUAGCUUGCCCUCAUAAAGGCUGCUUAAAGAUGUUCAGGGAUAGCUCUGCUAUGAGAAAACAUCUGCACACCCAUGGUCCCCGAGUCCACGUAUGUGCAGAAUGUGGCAAAGCUUUUGUUGAGAGCUCAAAACUAAAACGACAUCAACUGGUGCAUACUGGAGAGAAGCCCUUUCAGUGCAUAUUUGAAGGCUGCGGAAAACGCUUUUCCCUGGAUUUCAAUUUGCGUACGCACGUGCGAAUCCAUACUGGAGACAGGCCCUACGUCUGCCCCUUCGAUGGUUGUAAUAAGAAGUUUGCUCAGUCAACUAACCUGAAAUCUCAUAUCAUAACACAUGCUAAAAACAAAAACAGCCAGUAGGGAGAGAAGACCCUUCUCAAACUCAGGAAACAUCUUUCAGGAGUGUGACUGGAAAUAAUUAUGCUUCUCUUUUAGAGUAUGUUGUUUCUAGGAAAGAAUUUUUUUAAAUGAUUCCUACACAUCUAAGGGUC